AUGGCGGAAUUGGCAAACGAAGAGAAGCCUGCCAUAGCGCCACCAGUGUUUCUGUUCCAAAAAGAGAAAGCACAAAAGCGAUCAGCAGAUGGAUCGAGUGCAGAAGAUGGAGAAGGUUCAGACAAAGACGAUGGUGGCUACUGUCCUCCAGUGAAAAGAGAGAGGACUUCAUCUUUAACACAGUUCCCACCUUCACAUUCUGGGUCUAGUAAGAACAAUGUCUUCAUGCCCUCAAGUUUCUGCCAGUCUCCAACUGGGAAUUCAGAGGACUCAGAGCCAGAAGAGAAGCCUGUAGGGUUUCGUUUAAAACCACCAACUCUCAUCCACGGCCAGGCACCUAGUUCAGGCGUCCCCAGUCAGAAACCCAAGGAGCAGCAGCGCAGUGUGCUCCGGCCAGCCUUGCUCCAGGCCCCACCAGCCAAGACCAACUCAGAGUCCACUAACGGGGUGAAGAAGUCGUCCGACGGAUCAUCAGAAGGGUCGACCCUCUUCCAGAACAACACUGAGCACUCAGACGGCCUCGCUAAGUCACCGAAACAUGAAAGGGAGGAUGGAGCGAGCAGAGAGAAGAACGAUUGUUCUGCAGAGUCCUCUUUCGUGUUUGGGCAAAAUAUCAAAGACAGAGCAAAGUUGGAAGAGAAUACUAAAGAUGGCAAGUUGUUACCCAUGGAUUCUCAGGAGGGAACAAACUAUUUCUUACAGUACAUCGCCACCCCCAGUUCAAAGAACGCCAUACACAAUACCGACAAGGAGGCCAAAUUUGUCUUUGGACAGAACAUGUCAGAGAGAGUCCUUAGCCCUCCCAAGGGAGGGGAGGCAUCAGUGGAGGACUGUACAGUCUUACCAGCUCCUUCUGUGUCUGAACCCUCUUCAAAGGAUAACAUACCAGGGAAGGGUAACAACGUGACAGAGUCACUGGAGGAGUCUGCAGCAGCGUACACCAAAGCCACAGCCAAGAAGUGCAUCUUGGAGAAGGUAGACGUCAAAACUGGAGAAGAAUCAGAAAGUAACGUUUUGCAGGUCCAGUGCAAGUUGUUUGUGUUUGACAAGACAGCCCAGUCGUGGAUAGAGCGGGGUCGAGGGCUGCUCAGGCUUAAUGACAUGGCAUCCGCAGAUGACGGAUCACUACAAUCACGUCUAGUGAUGCGGACCCAGGGCAGCCUUAGGUUGAUCCUGAACACCAAGCUGUGGCCUCAAAUGCAGGUGGACAAGGCCAGCGAGAAGAGCGUCCGUGUCACCGCCAUGGACACAGAGGACCAGGGGGUCAAGGUCUUCCUAAUAUCGGCUAGUUCUAGGGAGGACACAGGUCAGCUGGCUGCAGCGCUACACCAUCGUAUCCUGGCCCUGAAGAGCCGGGCGGACCAGGAGCCCCAGGAGGCCCCGGCUGCAGACUGCGCCCCCGAGGCUGACUUGCCCCACUCUGAAGGGGACAGCGAUGAGGAAGAUCAGGUCAACAAUGCAGCAGCUGCAGUUAACUCAGAGGAAGGAGAGGCUCAAGCUGCUGGAAGCACAUAGCGUUAGUCCCCCUAAAGGAUUGCCUGCUAGGAUACUGCUACUGAUGUUUGGGCAUUUUACUGCAGGCAUCCCAACGAACACCCUACCCUGACCAACAUGGGUCCUUCAGACCAGUACUUUGGGGUAUCUAGAAGUCUAGCUCCAGUUAAUUUUUUCUUUGCAUUCAAUCAACAUAAAAACAUCUGGAGUUGUAUUUUUCUCUUUUCGUUUUGUUAUAUUUUCGUGUUUUCUAUAUUUUGUUCUCUCAGCUGCAAAAAUAAAUACUUAUUGUUGCAGCCGAGACAGCUUUUUUGGUUAGGGACUUGGCUGCUCAUCAUAUUGAUGAGUGUGAGGGUGUUUUCCUCUCCAACAUUUUAAGGUAUGGCACAUGUUUAAGACUGCAGUUUCUACCUUGGGACUUUUUUACUCACCAGACCACCACCACACCUCUGGGACCCAACCAACCACCCCAGGCUCCAGAGGAACUCCUGUCUGUCACCAUAUACUGACCUGUCUUAUGGUCAGUUGUUUGACUGGUUUCUACAUCAUCCCCAUCUAUUCAGCUCUCACAUGGGGGCUGAUUCCGACCCGAGUUAAGCGUGCGUAAAUGGAACGUAAUUCCCUUUUUAUGCACUUUUCUCUCUGACCUUGAACUUAAUCCCCUAAUAAUUCCACCGCCUUUAUGCGUGAGGAAACCAUGAAUAUGGCAGCAAACUGAAGCAGAUACAAAUUUCCCACAGUAAAGUUUAUGAAAUGCUGUGUCAUUAUGCAAAAUGUAAAUUGUACGGCCUUUUAACUUGCAGGGAUGGGCACUCUCGAAUGUCUUAAUUAUAGGCUACCCCUACUUUCUCUGUUUCCUAUUUC